CAUUGUGACCCCUUUGCACGCUGGAAAAUGGAAACCUGGUGAAGAAACGUGGAUACAAACAAUUAUAUAUGAAAUUGUCCGCAGUCAUUGUUUGAUUUCUUUAUCCACUUGAGUUUAAUAACUCGACUCCUCGCUGUGACCUUAAGAUGGGGAAGGCUCCUAAAAAGAAGAACCUUGCCGACAAGGUCCGUAAAGCCAAAGCAGCCAGUGAGAUAAAAAACAACCCUUUUGAGGUGAAAAUUAACAGAAAGAAGUUUGAUGUUCUGGGGAGGAAAAGCAAACAUGAUGUGGGUCUGCCAGGAGUAUCCCGCUCCAAAGCUAUCAAUAAGCGAAAAGAAACGCUCCUGAAGGAAUACAAACAGAAAAACAAGUCUAACAAAUUCAUUGACCGACGCCUUGGAGAAUAUGAUGCCAAGAUGACUCCAGAAGACAAAAUCCUUCAACGGUUUGCCAUUGAAAGACAGCGUUCCCAUGGAAAGAGAGACGUCUACAACCUGAAUGAGGAGGAAGAACUGACUCAUUACGGCCAGUCAUUGGCUGAAAUUGAGAAAUUUAAUGACACUGUUGGUAGUGAUGAUGAAUCAGAGGAGAAAGGCCUUUUAUCAGCUGAGCUGACCGCCUCCCAUUUUGGAGGCGGAGGGGGUCUGCUGAGGAAGAAAACAUCUGGGGGGGAGCAGGAGGAUGAACAGGGGGGUCAGAAGGCCAAAUCCAGACAGGAACUGAUUGAGGAGCUCAUCCAGAAGUCCAAACAGGAGAAGAGGGAGCGUCAGGUGCAGAAGGAGGAGGCCCAGGAGCUGACGGAGAAGCUGGAUCAGGACUGGAAAAGCAUUCAGGCUUUGAUGGUGAAGAAAACUCCCAAAGCCGAACACGUCGACAAACCGGAGGAGAAAGCAAAGCCGGAGGAGUACGACAUGAUGGUCCGAGAGCUCGGCUUCGAGAUGAAGGCCCAACCCUCAGAGAAGAUGAAGACCCCAGAGGAGCUGGCCAAGGAGGAGAAGGAGAAACUGCAGAAACUGGAGGCUGACCGUCUGAGGAGGAUGAUGGGAGAUGAAGACGGGGCCAGUGUGCAGAGUCAAGUCCACAUGUCUGCUGACGACCUGAACGACGGCUUUGUCUUGGACAAGAACGACAAGAAAACUCUCGCUUAUCAGGAUGGAAAAUGGAACAUUGAGGAAGAGACUGAAGAUGACAAGGAAGAGGAGGGAGAGACUGGAGAGGAAGAGGGUUCAGAGGCAGAGGGCGAAAAUGAAGAGGAUGAUGAUGAUGUGGAAGAAGAAGAAGAGGAGGGCAGCGGAGAGGAUGAAGACGGUCACUCUGACCUUGAGUCUGAACAGGAAAGUGAGAACGAGGAGAACGAUGAGGAAGAGGAAGCGAGCAGUUCCAGGCAGCAGCAGACUCUGAGCAGAGAGGAGCUGAAGGCCCAGCAGGAGGCAGCCAAAGCAGAGCUCCCGUACACAUUCACCGCUCCUGAAAGCUACGAAGACUUGAAAGAUUUGCUUCACGGUCACACACCCGACAACCAGCGCCUCAUCAUGGCCAGGACUCAGAAGUGCAACCAUCCCAGUUUGGCUGCAGGCAAUAAGCCCAAGCUGCAGAAACUUGUGGGCUUUUUAAUGGAGUACAUGGGAGAGUUGGCUACAAGGAGUCCACCAGAGCUCUGCACCAUAGAUAAACUCAUUCCGGAGCUGUACGCUUUGUGUCAGAUGUUUCCUGAAGCAGCCGGCAAGUCCAUGCAGAGCAUCCUUGGAGAUGCUGCUCACAGCAUGGAGGAGGCAGUUGAGGUCAAAGGUCAUGCUGCUUUUCCCACAUUAGACAUGCUUGUUUACCUCAAAGUGACAGCAUUGCUGUUCCCAACCUCAGACUUCAGGCAUCCUGUCACAACUCCUGCCCUGCUUUUUAUCAGCCAGACCCUUACUAAGUGUCCGGUGAGAUCAUUACAAGACCUAACAUCAGGUUUAGUGCUGUGCUGUCUAGCUGUGGAGUACGUCUCAUUUUCUAAGCGCUUCCUGCCGGAGCUCAUCAACUUCCUGAGUGGAACUUUACAUCUGGUUGUGCAGGACAAGGCCUCUACAGGUUGCAUGGUGGUGCCCCCCUUCAGGCUGUCAGGGAAGUACAGUGAUCUGCUUGUGUUAUCUAACUCAGAGUCCUGCAGCAGCUGGAGCAAGAAAAACCUCCCGCUGUCCGCUACCCAGCAGCUGGAACUCGAAAAUGAUCUGAACAAAGAUCACUACAGGUUGAAUUGCUUGUCUACUUGCCUGGACCUGGUGAAGAGAUGUUGCCUGCUCUACAAAGAUCUCACCUCCUUCACGCACAUCUUCCAGCCAAUCAGAACACUUCUUUCCAAGCAUCUUUGCUCACAAAUGUUACCCAGUCCUUUACAGGAGCUUCACAGCGAGAUCUUGGACGCUAUCAGCAGCGCCUCUGUGACUCACACUCGACUAGUUUUCGAGAAGAAGAAGCCGAUUCCCCUGAAAUUGUUUACACCAAAGAUUGUGGAAGUCUUGGACUAUGGAAAGAAGCGUGGCAGCACCAGAGAGGAGAGAGAGAAGGAGCGACUAAAGCACAAGUAUAAAAAGGAGUUCAAGGGAGCUCUGAGGGAGAUCAGGAAGGACUCUCGCUUCCUGGCCAGAGAAAAGCUCAACGAGGUCAUGAACAGGGAUGCAGAAAGAAAGAGGAAGGUCAAGGAGCUCCUUGGCAGUUUAGCCACUCAGGAGGGAGAAUGGAAAGCUCUGAAAAGGAAGAAGAGAACGUGAAAUCCAGAAUUAUAGUAUUAAUCUUGUGCUUUUCAUAUUUGUGGAAUAAACAUUUUGUUGAAUUUUAA